UUUAUAUAACGGUUAAAUUAUUACUUUACCUCUACAAUAUUUUUAAAUGCAAUAAAAAACCUAAAUUCAUUACUGCGCAUAUACAUCUGAUUUAUUUUUUAAUAAUUUUCGGUACGCGUUUAAAUACACAUGAGUAUACGUUUACGCGUACAUACGUAACCGACACAGUGAAAGCAUAACGUUAACAGUGAAAGCAUAACCUUAAAAGAAAAUAUGAACCGGACAAAUUUCCGUAUUAAACUCGAUUUGUGCAAAUACCAUAAAGAUCUGCAUCGUUUUUGUUGGAUUUUUAUUGAUUCUACUAAAAUGGCAGAUAUAAAGGAUAUAAAAGAUCAUAUUAAAGGACUGUUCCGCAUUAAUGAGCCAUUUGAUUUGUUUCUAAAUGAAGUUGAAUAUUUACCACCUAACGAGGACGUACGGAUUUUGAAGGAGAAUGAAACAGUUUUGGUUUUACCCAAGUCUCAACUAAGCCAUAUUCAACUAAGCAGUACUCAACUGACAAAUCAGCUUCAUUUAUCCGUAAGCACCCCAAUUUCAUCAGUAGAGACAAGUAAACAAGAAAAUAGUUCUGCACAUUCGGAACAAAUUGAAUCAACAUCGAUAAAUUCUUCGACAUCUCCAAAAGAACCACCUCAAAAAGAGCAGUUGCCGAUUAAUUCUCCUGCUGCAAAGUCAAGCCCUAUGCAACAGGAAUGUGUGGCUGAUACAAUAGACAAAUCCCAAGAUACUAAAGAAAAUAGAGAAGUUCCUUAUGUAUGUGCAAGGAGAAAACGUGCACGAAGACGGAGAAGCUCGAAACUUGAGCAACCACUGUCAAACGAAGAAGACAAAUCUAGUAAAGCUUAUGUUAUAAAUACUAAAGUUGUCCCUCUUGGUAAACAUAUUCGUUUUGAUAACGUAGAUGACAAAAUUUGUCUAGAAAAUCCAGGUACACGUCCAGAAACGAUAAGAGGAGCCCAUACUACUAUAUCACCUGUUCAUGAACUUACAAAUUUAUUAUCAAUGGUUAAUAAUUCUACUCCACCUACCUUUGAGAAUAACAGGGCAAAGAACACGGUGAAUGCAAAGUAUCUAAGCAAUGAAGUAAAUGGAGUCAAUGCAUCUCUUGCAAAUGUCAGUGAAAGUAUAGCUUCAAAUAAGAAAUUAGGAGAAUCAAAAGAUUUUUUGAAUGCAGAUUUUGAAACAUAUCCAGUUAUGACAACAAAACCAAAAAUUAAUAAUAUUAUAGCAUUUAAGAUGCUCAAAAUUGGCUCAGAUUUUACACCACAAGUAUCAAACUUUAUAGUUGCAGAAGUUGUAUCUUGUAGUCCAGAAAAAUCACUAUACAUCUUUAAAAUAUUACAAGGCUUGUCAGAAGUGCAAGUGCCCGUUGGAAAAUUUAACUGUAUGGAAGAGUCAGAGGAACGUGCAAUAAAUGAUACAAUUAAAUUAAAUUAUGCACAAAUAAUGAAACCUAGACUAGUAUCUGUGUCAAACACUAGAUAUUCGUUUCCGUCGAUUUCCUGAUCACUUAGUUAAUAAUUUCAUAUACUUUUUUAUAUAUUUUAAACUAAAUAUUUUUGUGAA